AUGAAUACUCCGUCUGAAAUCGGUACCACCUCAGAUUCGUGGGGUGAUGUCUUUAAGAAGGAGACUCGACUUCAGCAGAACAUGGAGCUGUUGAAGGCAAACAAUGAUAGGAUGACCAACUACGAUUAUCACGGCCUACCCGUCAACAGAAAUUUCAACAACAAUCCACUUCGAGGGUGCAUAGAAAGAGAUAGAAGGGAAAAAAAAUCACAAUUUCAAGAGCCGUCGCCACUCUUUGACAGUAAACGAAGGCUGAGUUGA